AUGGCAAAUUAUUUAUUUGCUUAUUUUAUAGACAAAAGUUAGUACUACCUAACCAUACUUUUAGGAAUAUUUAUUUCAGGUUUUUUAAUUAUUUAUCAUAUUUUUAAGGGUUAUUCAAUAAAUAUUUGUUAAUUAAUGCCCAACAAUUUAUUUGUCUUUCUAAAAUCUAAUAAAGCAAAAGAAUAUUUUUUGAUAUUCCUAAAUAAUAAUAUUUAAGGCAACAAGUAAACCUUUUGUAACUUGCGAUAAAAGGUAGAAAAUUAGCAAAUGAAAAUUAAAAUUGAUGGCUUAAAACUGGCUUAGGAGUAAGAAUAUUAAACAGACAACAAUUUAAAUUAAAGGGCUUCUAACAGGAGUAUAAAUAGUUCAUUUAUAGAUCAAGCUUAGAAAGAAAAAACUCUUUCAACAAUUACUGAGAUUCCUAGGAAGUAGAAUAAUAUUUCGCUUGCCUCUGAAAGAAUAAAAUAUGCAUACAGAAAAGAAAAAGCAGGGAGCUCUCUGACUUAUAGAGAAAAUAAACGGUCAAUCAAUUUAGACAACAUUCCUCCAAUCAAAUCAGCUAGAAACUCUCCUUAAUAAUAUAAACAUUAUCCUCAUUAAGACUUAGAUUAGUUUAGUACAAUUCAGUAUAAUAAAAAGCAAAAUAUAUAGUUAAAUUAAAAUGGAAUCAAUAACUACUCAUAAAUUUUUAUAGAAAAAAGUCCUUUAGUUAGCCAAAGAGAUAAAAUGAAGCAAAAGAAAUUAUUAUCAAAGGAUAUUUCUGAAGAGAGGUUAAGAAGUCUAAGUACAAAAUCAAUAAACAUAAAGUGUUGUAAAUAGCAUCAUGGAUCUUAAAAUAAAUAUGAGCUGGAGGAAGAAAGAUAAAAAAUAUAAUAUAUUUUGAGUGUUAGUGGGAGUAUUUAGAACUACGACAUGUAUUCUAAUCAAGAAAUUUAUGCUGAAAAUAAGAUUAUGUCCUAAUAUGUAAGAAGGUUCAAGAGAUAUGUUGAUUUUAUUUCACAAACAAAUGCUCUCUAAAUAGAUUAAGACCUAGAAGACAUAGAUGCCAAGCUUUAACUUUAAAGAGAGCACUUAGAUUUUUAUUCAAAGCAAGAAGAAAAAUUUAAAUAGCUUUAUAACAGACUGCAGAAUCCCUUUUAUGCUAAUAAUAUCUCUGUGAAAGCAGAUGAAAUUAAAAAAAAUAUUACACUUAUCAAAAAGGAAAUUCAAAAUAUUCUUUCUGGAAGAGGAAAUAAUAAAAGUCCAAGGGAGUCAACUAUUUUGUAAAAACUCACAAGUCUGUAGAAAGAUGUUAAUUUAUAUGGUGCAUUGCUAAACGACAGAAAAAAUAAGCUAAAUUAGCUCAUAGAAUUUGAAAAUAAAUUAUUUGUACAGCUUAAUCCUUAAAAUCAAAAAGAAAGCUAUCCAUUAACAUAAAUAGCUUAAUAAAAUUAAGAAGAAGCUAUUUAGUAAGACCUAAUUUUAGAUAGUAAAUAAAUUAAAAAUGAUAAGGAAAAUAAAUAUUUUUUAAGCAGUUCAUAAGAAAAUUUAAAAGAUGUUAACAAAUGGAAUAGGUCUACUAAUGUAACUCUCGAUACAGAUGUGGAAACACAGCUCUAAUUUAGGAGAGAUACUUAAGCCAAAAGUUAAAAAAGCAACAUGUCACCAAAUUCUAAUUAUAUAUUGUUUUCUUAAGAAUCUUAACCCUCUUAAUUAUUUUUAGAUAGUAUAACUGAUGAUUAAGAAUAAUUUAACUCUAUCCAUGAGAAAGAGCCUAAAUAUAAACAGAAUUAACCUUUUAAAAAAAAACUAUAAAAAAUUAUCAUAUAAUCUCCUUAUCUGAGCCAUUAAGUGAAACAAAAGCAUAUUACUAACAUAAAUAAUCUAAGUACUAGAUAAACUUCUUAAGAAAAUAAGUCUAGUUUAAUCCAUUUAGAAAACUAAAAUAAGCUUAAAAAUGAAGAAGCAGCUCCUUAAAUGAUUAGGCAUUAAAAUUUUUUAAAUAGGAGAUGCUCUGUAGCUAAUGCUAGGGACAAUAGCAGUAAUCAAAAAUAAAAUUAUUUAAAUAUUUCUACAUUAAAAAGAGAUAAUAGUUAACAAAAAGAAAAUAAACAUGAAAAUUAUUUAAAUGAUUUUGAAGUCAAUUUGCCUUCGCUACCUAUUAAUAUCGAUAAAAGACUGAGGUAUAAAAACUAGUCUAAAUAACAAUCAAUAAAUAACUCAAAACAUAUUAUUUAAAUUGAUGAUAAAAAAUAAGCUAAUUAAAUGCAAAAUUAGCUUACUGAAUAACUUAAGUAAAUGAAAAAUUAAUUGAAUAUAUUAAAAUAAGAUUAAUUUUAAUAAAUUUAAUCCUAAAUUAUAGACUUAGAAAAAAUUAAAGCAUAAAUCAAAGCACAAGAUGAGAAAUGUUCAUAUCUUGAUGAAAUGCUUUAAAAACAAGAUAAGUUAAUCCUUGAGCUUAAUUGA